UACAUAUAUAUAUAUAUUUAUUAUACCGGUAGAAGGCCAAUCUCUAAAGCUUACAAAAAGCGUGAAACGAUUACAUGAAUCGAAAGAGGGAUGAGAUAGACUGGGAAUUCACACAUUUCAGAGAAAUUAUAGCCACAAAUUUUUUUUUUUUAUAAAGGGGGGGGGGGGGUUAGUAAUAUCUAUACUUCAGGUGCCUUUGAAUUUUAUAACCUCCAGGCCAGGGGUGGUCAACGGCACCAAAUGUAACCAGAAAGGAGAAAAUGCAAUGAACUAGACCAGGAUUUGAACCCGGGAGUACUGAGCUAACUGCCAUCAAAUAUGGUUGACCGCUACAAUGUACAUUCCUCCCUUCUUAAAUGCCCUCGCACUCGAAAACAUCAACCCAAGAUCUUAAUCCGUUGGCAGGCAUUUUCGUGAACAUGUCAGUUCCAGGGGUAGCCUUAGUACAUAAGUCCUCGAGCUCGCGCUUCAUACUUCACCGCAUAUUGAGGCCUUCGUAACGUAGUGCAGUAGGCUGUGACGUCAUAGCUAUUCCAGGGGCUGGUCACGGCACCAGAUGUAACAGGAAGGGAGAAAAUGCAACAGACCAGACCGGGAUUUGAACCCAAGCCCCCUGAAUUCUCUAGUCAGGUGCUCCAUCAACUGAGCUAUCUGGCCGCCGGCGAUCGAACCCGGCUGACUGCCACACCUAUAUAUAGGGAGAGCUCCGCUAUUCGGUCAGUGGUCUUCACCUCUAGGGCUUCACCAUCUAUAACUAAUAGUAAACUAUAUUGUCUAUAUGAGCUUACAAUUUCAAGUUGUCAUGCGAAGAAACUCUUGACAGCCUUGCAGAUAAAAUAUCUUCCGUCAGUUCCGAGCAAAACCUCCCACAUUCGAUGUUAGCCAAUUUAAACUUGAGUUGAUGUAAUCUCGGCUGAGAUUCGGCUUGGCUGAAUCUCAACCGAGAUUAGAGUUGAUGUUGUCUUUUUCCUAACUACUUUUCCCAUUUUGUUUUGUUUUGCCCACUGCGAGAUGAUAAGUACUUUCUAUCACUGGCAACAUUAAAUUGAUAAUUCAAUUUUUAAAAAAAAUGUCUUUCUGUCAACAACCUACAUGAAUGUAUGAAUACUUUGUUGACAGAAAGAAUUUUAUUAUUAUUAUUAUUAUGAUAUAGACUUAAAACGUCAAUUACCUCUGCUAUACCCAUACAUAGAGACAAGCAGUGUGAAUCAAGUCAAGUAGGCCUAGUAGAGCCUGCUGCAUAUUUACAAAAGCUAAUAUAUAUCUAUAUAGGCUCUUUGAAAUCGACUCAAACAUAUUUAUACAACAUUAUACAUAAUAUUAAUCAAUACACAUGAAUAAUGCUUGCACAUCGGAAGGUCUCGGGAACCAGGCUAGAUGGUUAAGAGGAUUUGACAGCUGUCUGUACACGUCCGGAUAAGUUGGGAAUUUUUAAUCUAGUCAUGAAUAUAAAUAGACCAAUACUUUUUGCUUCGCCCCCAAACACGGUCACACCGUAAGACGUAUUAGUUAGUGAAUAAUGCUAGAACAUUCGCUUUUUUUUUUAUAUUCACGAAAAUUUAAAUUGUGAAAUGGAUUGACUGGAUAUAUAGCUAGUCUCCCCCAUAACUCUGGGUAGAGAUUGAGAAAAAUUUCAUGUUGUCAAGCACGCCUUGGUCAGAUCAGCCUCAUUUUCGGACCUAGUCUUGAUCAUCCAGACGUUUGUGGUAAACAACGUAGUGUGAGGGAGACAAGGACAUGUAAUUGAAAAGUAAUUGCAAUUACACACAUUUUAAUUAACAUGUAUUUGAAUGCAUUCAUUUACUUGUAAUUGAAAAAUAAACUCAAUUACAAAUACAUUGAUAAAAUAAAAGACAAAUACAUUGGGAUAAAAAAAGAGACUGUAAUUCGCGCAUCAUCAUUACAGAUAAUUGCAAUUACGAAUUUCAAUUCAAUUGCACCAUCUCUCAACACAAAUGGGGCAGGCAGCUUCCAUUACUGCUGAAGCAAGACCUGAUGGCAUAUCUCAACAAGGAAUUUCUAUAAUUGAGGAGGAGGAGGAGAAUGAUGAUUCCCUUGACGAGACACAAGGAUAUGGUCUGUCAAACAUCAUACAAAUGGGACAAGCAGUGUCUGCCAAAACUUCCUUUGAUGCUGAAGCAAGACCUAAUCCCAAAUCUCAAAAAAGAAUUUCUAAGAAGAUUAAGGAGGAGGAAGACAAACCCGUUGUGAUGCAACAGACUGUGCAGCUACCAGAAUAUGCUUUGUCAGACAUCAUACAAAUGGGACAGGCAGUGUCAUCCAAAACUUCCUUUGAUGCUGAAGCAAGAUCUAAUGACAAAUCUCAACUAAAAAUUUCUAAGAAGAUUAAGGAGGAGGAAGACGAACCCGUUGUGAUGCAGCAGAUUGUGCAGCUACCAGAAUAUGCUUUGUCAGACAUGAUACAACAGGGACAGGCAGUGUCAUCCAAAACUUCCUUUGAUGCUGAAGCAAGAUCUAAUGACAAAUCUCAACUAAAAAUUUCUACAAAGGAGAAGAAAGAUGAUCCCCAUCAGACAAAGCAGGUUGUCGAACUACGAAGGCAAGGUCCUUCUGACAUCAUACGAAUGGGACAAGCAGUGUCUGCCAAAACUUCCUUUGAUGCUGAAGCAAGACGUAAUGACAAAUCUCAACUAAGAAUUUCUAAGAAGAUUAAGGAGGAGAAUGACGAACCCGUUGUAAUGCAGCAGGCUGUGCAGCUACCAGAAUAUGCUUUGUCAGAUAUCAUACAACAGGGACAAGCAGUGUCAUCCAAAACUUCCUUUGAUGCUGAAGCAAGAUCUAGUGACAAAUCUCAACUAAAAAUUUCUAAGACAAAGGAGAAGAAAGAUGAUCCCCAUCAGACAAAGCAGGUUGUCGAGCUAAGAAGGCAAGGUCCUUCUGACAUCAUACGAAUGGGACAAGCAGUGUCUGCCAAAACUUCCUUUGAUGCUGAAGCAAGACGUAAUGACAAAUCUCAACCAAGAAUUUCUAAGACGAAAGAGAAGAACGAUUAUUCCCAUCAGACGAAGCAGGUUGUAGAGAUACCAAAGCAGGGUCCUUCAAACACCAGACAAAUGGGACGGGCAAAGUCUGCCAAAACUGCCAUUACUCCUGAAGCAAGAUUUAAUGGCAUAUCGCAACGAGGAAUUUCUAAGACGAAGGAGAAGAGCGAUUCUCCCCAGCAAACGAAGCAGGUUGUAGAGCUACCAAGGCAAGGACCUUCAAACAUCAUACGAGUGGGACGGGCGGUGUCCGCCAAAACCUCCAUUACUGCUAAAGGAAGGUCUGAUGGCAUAUCUCAACGAGAAAUUCCCCAACUAGCACACGGGAUAAAUGCCAACGCAGGGGUGUGCAUUUAAAAAAAAAACCAUAGCUACAAGCCCAGGCUUUCUACACGGACUCAUGUUCAAGAAAGUUUAAAGUGUCACAGGACCUUUGGGUUUGACAAUAUCUGGAUACUUUUUACAGUACUUACAAUGCAUUAGACAUUUCCCUUUAUCAAAGCACAGGAGUUCGAAAUUUUAUCAAUAUAGUUAGUGAAAUUCACUCGACUGACCAAGCCAUGAGCGAUGUGAGAAAGGAAGGAAAGGCCGUUUUCGAGAAAUCAACUACAUUGUAUAUGGCUUUGACUCGCCGCGCAAUUGAUACAAUUCCUCAGCAUUACUACUUUCUUGAUUCCGUGUAAACAAUCACUAACCGGCAAGCCAUUGCGUGGCGUCACCUUCACUACCGACCUGACAUCCAUGUAUUUCCGGAAUGGACUGGGAAGGAAAUGGAAGAGGCUUUUUGAAGAGCAGUACCUGGGCACAGUUUUCUAUUGAUUGGACAAUGUGGCACCGGAAAAAAUUUACUGAGGUAAUACUGUACAUGCACAAAGAUGGUUCAGUAAAGGUAACUCUGAGCAAUUAUGUAAACUUGUGUACUGAAUCUGGAUUUGAUAUUUUCCGCGAAAAUUUUUGUACACUUCUAGUGGUGCAUGGAAUGAUUUCAAUGUCGGACACUUACAAUUAGCCCCCUUCCGGCAAAGCCGGAGAGAACUUUAGGUUUGCACUCUACUUAUCCGUCCGUCAGCCUUUCCACACUUUUUUCUCCUUCUGGUCCAUUGAUUGGUUUGCUGAGUUAUGGUCCUUGAACAUAGAAAAUUAACUCAAAUAUUCAAUUUUCCGCAAUAUUUCGUCACGCUACCAGAUUUUCUUUUUGAUAUUUGGUACAAUGCUUUACCAUGACAAGUUACAGAUCAAGCUAAAAUUUUGUUCCAGCCCAUUGAUAUUUCGCUGAGGUAUGGCCCUUGCACUUAGAAAAUUAAUACAGAUACUCAUUUCCCCCACACUUUUCUCGUAAUGCUUGCAGAUAUUCAUUUGAUAUUUGGUACAUAGCUUUAUCAUGACAAGUUACAGAUUAAGUUCGAAUUUUUUCCGGACCAUUGAUUUUUGCUGAGUUAUGGCCAUUGGACAGAAAUGAUAUGGAAUUUGAAAUUGUCAGUAUGGUUUUUAUUUUAUGAGACCUGGUUAUUCUUGUGUGUAAACUGUUGACGUAUGAUUAUUCACGAAAAAUAAUACGCAGACGACUUGAUUCGGGGUCGGUAGGGGACGUGUAUUGCUAUGCAAUACCUACAAAAUGUUUGUUUUUAUUCUUUCAGCAUUAAAAACAUUACUAGUAUAACAACUCUUAGAGUAGAAUGAAAUAGGAAAAUAAAAUAAUAUAUAAAUAAAUUAGUUAAAUGAAUGAGUAGAGUGACUAUGAAAUGAAUAUAAAUUGACAAUAGAAUAAAUAUAUUGUCAAUGAAGUGAAUUUAUAAGUAUUACAAAAACAGAUUAAUCAUCAAAAACUUACCAAAGCGCAAACAACAAAAGUGUUGGACACGACGAGUUACUCUCCAACAACGCUUCACAAUUUCAAAUUUCGCGCACAUGCAAUUAUAUUUAUCGCCCUUUGGUUGUAAACAGAGUCGGACCAGAAAUGUAAUAACUAGUGAUUUUAGAUAUUAUUGCUUAUUCCGUUUAAAAAUAAGUGAAUAGAUUAAUACAUGUUGUAAUUACUGAUAUUUUUGAGGUCGAUACGAUGAUUUAGCUACAUAAACAGUAAAAUAGCGAGCCUGGAGGUGAAGAAUUAGGUAAAAUGAGAGUGAUUAUAAUCUGAUUUAGAAGUCAACUGUUGUGUAGACAGCACUGCUGGUGCGCUUAAUAUCUGCAGCAAAAGAUUAAGACAUAUCUGUCUCUACCUGAAUGUUCAUUAAGACUCAAUGUUACAAGUUUCUUUCUUUUUUUAAAAAUCAUUUUCAUAUUUUGUGCAAGUUUUUUGUUGUUGUUGUAUUUUUUGUACUGUACUAUGUACAAACAUUUAUACGUAUUCUUGUACUAUAUAUAUACAUGUAUACUGAUUGCUUUAUUGUCAUUUUGUAUAUUUUUUCAGAUACUGUGAUAACAGCAAACAUUUAAAUUAAGGCGGGUAUUUCUCUACUUGAAUGGGUGUUAAAGAGUUACAAGUUUCUUUGUUGUUUUUGAAUAAUUUUUCAUAUUUCAUGCAAGUUUUUUUUAAAAUUUUCUCUCUAUUAUUAUUAUUUAUUUUUUUGUAAUUCUUUUCCAUCACACAUGUACUGAUUGAUUGAUUGAUUGAUUGAUCACUCAUAUGGAGACGUCACCAUUGCCGGUGAAGGUCUGCAGAAUUUAGGCCUAUGCUCGGCGCUUACGAUCUUUGAGCAGGGAGGGACUUUUAUCGUGCCACACCUGCUAUGACACGGAAACUCGGUUUUUGCGGUCUCAUCCGAAGGACCGCCCCAUUUAGUUGCCUUUUACGACAAACAAGGGGUACUGAGAACUAUUUUAACCCGAAUCUCCACGGGUGACAUAUAUUGUACACUGUACAAACAGUUAUACGUACUAUAAAUACUUAGUACUAUAUUUGCUGUCAUUUAGCAUCUUUUCAAUAUCACAACAUAUACAUGUAACGACUGGUCUCGGUAGCUCAGUUUUAGAGCGUUCUCUUUGUAACUGGGGGAGGGGGGUCUCGGUAACUCAGUCUAAGAGCGCUCUCUUUGUAACCGGGGGGCGCUCGUGUCAUGGCGGCGUCAAAUAUAAGACGGAGACAUAGGUAGUGACUGCUCCAUAGCCAACUACUCUGCAUUAGGAUAUGACCUUGAAAUGCUCGGCUUUAGGAUAUGACCUUGAAAACGGGGGUCCCAUGUCGCGACAGGCGUUGACACGUUAAAAAACCUUCACUGCUGUACGGCUCUGAACGAUAAGCAUAGGCUUAAAGUGUUAUCACUUACAGCUGGUGACAUCUCAAUGUACUUGAACAAUCCUCGACAGAACGUAAAAUAUUUAUGAUAAACUUCAGUGGCGGAUCUUAAAGGGGAGCGUUUAGGGGGGUUGCAAUACCCCCUUACGUAUGCAUUUUUAUAUAAAAAUCAUUGUCUUCGACUCUUCGGCCCUUCCUUUAGGGAUGGAAAAGAUACAAACCGGAAUGCAACUCCACUCUCAUUCCCUUUGAAAGUUUUCUUAAUCCGCCCGUGAUAAGAAUUUUUAAUUGUUUGAAAGAAAAUGGAGACAACGUAUAAGUACAUAUAGCUAAUAUUAGGCCAGAUAGGCGUAGGCGUUAACUCCCUUUGGAUGUUUUGAAUUCAUUGUGAAUGUUAAAUUUUAAAACUAGUACUGGAUUGCUGGUUAACCUUUACACUCUUACCAAUUAGUGGUUUGAAGUAAUAUUAGUAGACAUUUUUUCAAUUGAAAGUUCAGAAUUUUGGCACCCUAAUUAUGUUGUAUGGGUUUCUAAUCAAAAACAGCCCCGCUCUGCAACGCUACACAAAUAAAAAAUGAAAAUAUUAAAAUAUAUGCAGUUUUUGAAAUAUUUGUCCAUGUAGAUGACGAUAAAAGUUAUAAGAGCAAGAAUAUUUAUAGCAACUGGUGAUGUACAUCGAAGUGACCAUAUCCAAAAGAAUUUGUUUGAAUUGGGUCAUUAAAUCAAAUGUGUUAUUAGCAGCGAUUGUUGUUUCGAGGUCUAAUAAACUUUAAAAAAAACAACAACAA